AUGUCAUUAACCGCACGCGCAAUGGAUGAUCGCAGAAUCAGUAGAAAGUUAACUGUCAACAUCAACCAACAUUCCAUUAAUGUCCGCCCUGUCAUAAAAGGUGCAUUUAAAGAGGCUGCCAAUACAUUGACCGAAGCCUACACCACCGAUGCCAUCAUGGGAUGGUGUAUCCGUGGUUUAGAGCAAAAGAAGUACGAUGAAUUCUUGUACACUCUGUUCAAAAACAUGAUCAAUGCCUCCUCUCUGCAAAGCCGUGAUUUUGCUCUGCAGGUAGAAGGCUGUAAGGGUGUUUUGACUUGGACCAACAGCCCCAAUGGCUCUUCAUGGCCUCGUGUCUUGAGCACUGCAAAGCUUGCACGUUUGAUCGGCUGGACAUCCGCUUUACGCGCAGUUACAAAGGUUGGCCCUUCGUGCGACAAGAUGAGACGAAAGAUUAUGAUGGAUCAUCCCAAAUUCAUCACUAUUGGUUAUGUUGGUGUAUUGCCUCAUGAACAGCACAAGGGCUACGGUACCGCUCUUGUCAAUCAUGUACUCAGCAAGGCAGACGAAGCCAAACAUCCCGUAUAUGUGGAGGCUGCUGAUCCUGCCAGUGUCAAGUUCUUUGAGCAGUUUGGGUUCAAGGUGGAAGCCACUGUAUUCAUCGCCAACCACAACGAGCUUCCUGUUGCUCUCAUGCUCCGUCUUCCUACCACGGCUGGAUCUCCUGAACGUCUUCGCAUUAGGCCCGGAAGACGUGAUUCUGAUAACUCCCUCUAA